GAAGGCGUCCUCAUACUAUUGGACAUCUAAAACUGACAGUAAUCCUUUACGGUGAUUCACAUCCUAAAGGAUUAGAAAUUAGUAAAAUAGUGAAACACGAUAAGAAAAAGGCUGAUUGUUUAAUAAUAAUAGGAACUUCCUUAAGAAUUCCUGGUGUUAAAGCACUCAUAAAAGACUUUGCUGGAGCGGUUCAUGGUCGUAAAGAUGUUAUCAUCACCAUCGAUCCAACCAAUUAUUCAUCAUUUAGGUACAAAUCGGAUAAAAUCCAAGACUUUACGACCAUCCUUCAAGAAUGUAAUCCACAAAAUAUUCUCAAUGUUUGUGAAAAGGACAAUGUUGUUACUAUUUAUCAUUUGGGUGAAAAGGACAACGUUGUUACUAUUAAUCAUUUGGAAGGAACAGGUUGCAAAGACGAUCCGUACGUAAUAGAUUGA